AUAUAAACAAAAGAUGAGUUAGGUUUGGGUUAGGUUAGGUUUGGAUUAGGUUAGGUCAUUUUAUCCUGGCGGCAACCAAUGCUAACAAAUAUGCUGCCACGAACGUACAUUUAUAGACAGAAUUCACUGUAGUGGUAUCAACAAUUUUUUGUAAAUAUCUCGGAAACUAAGGCCGAGCGCUGGUUACAUGUAUAAUAGAAAAAAAUUGUUCAAAAUCAUGCCUCCGAUAAUACGUUCAAAAACGAUCGAAAUCGAUAGUGAGAAUAAACUUCUAAAUAAUUACCAUUUAACCUAGUACGUGAUUAAUUUUUUAUGCGUAACAUGUUAAAAAAUCAUUUGCUGUUUAUUAUUUGAGAAGUCUUCACUCUAGGUGUUACUGGGAACAAGAGGUAAUUCGCCUGCUUCCACUUUUACCACUCUCAGUGUUGACAUAGUAGUAGAAUUUAAAUAUCAGCAAGAGAUAAUAUGUGUAGAUUUAUUAAGAUAACGCAUAUUUGAAGCUCUGUAUCUGUUACUAUGACAAUAUUUUACAGUUCAUUGCUCGCUAUGUUUCGAUGUAUCUCACUCAGUUUUGAUGCAUUCCGUUCGCUUCCUUCGUUGCACGUUACCUACGCAAUUUAAGUAAAUGGAUGUGCCCGUUGCACAAUAAGGGAAAGAGUUGGGUUAGGUUUAAGUAACCCCAAAACGUGGGUACGAAAAAGCAUUGGAUCAUUGCAUGUCGAUGUCACAUUUAUUCUUUUUCUCGUCUGUGAUCAGAGCUUGAUGUUUUCAUAAUGAAAAAAUGCAUAAAUAAUUAAUGAAAUAUUAGUUUUUGGAAGUUUGUCCCGAUAUAGUAUCAUCGAUACAUCGAUACAUAUGAAUAUGUAAAUGAAUAAACUGAAAAUGCAUAUCCGUUUUUUAUUCAUUUAAAUAAAAUUAAAUGUACUCAAUAGUUUUCUUCUAACGUUAGUGUUAGUAUUGGAUAAAAUGUUUAUCAAAAAAUACAAAGUAACACAGAUCUAUUUAAAAAGUUAAAACUAUGGAAGGUCAUUCAUAUGUUUCAUGUAUCAAGAUUAAUGGAAUUCCUAUUUUACCACCAAUGAUAACUGAAGAUAUUAAACAGGAAAUGUCCAAUUAUAAGAAAAGUGCAAUAAAUAUAGAAAAAAAGUUGAAUGUUUCACACAUUGCUAAAGAAUGUAAUAAUAGUAAUAUUUAUAUAGGAAAAGUUACAAAAGAAUCAAGGGAUAUAAAAUGUAAAAAAAGAGUUCAUGGUUCAAGAGAGAAUUUAAUUUCUUUUGAAUGCAAAAAUAGUAAUUAUAAUGAAACUAAUACUGUGGAUAUAAACAAUGUUCCAAUAGAAAUUUGUGGAAGCUCUAAUGACAAUUUAGAAAAAACAUUACAAUCUAGUAAAAAUUUAAACAGGGAAUGUAGGUGUGAAAAUCAGGUAAAUUUGGGACCUGGUACUGUUUCAAAAUCAAAAUCAAUAACUGCUAGCGUUGAUAGAGAUCACUGCUUAAAUGAAACAGCUUCAAUAGAAUCUACUAGUACAGAAACAAUAUCAGAUAUUUGGAAACCACAAGUGCCUAAAACAUUAAAUAUUACUCCAUUAACACUGAAUAAAUCUACAUGUAAUGGAGAUAGAGAUUGCCAAGAAAGUAAUUUUGAUAAUUUAGGAGAUACUCCUAAAUUAGUACGUCAAGGUUCCUAUGUGUUAGAUACUCCAAGUCCAAUAUUAUUGGCACACAUGCAAAUGGAACUUGCUACUUCAACUUGUGCUCCAUGUUCAGAAUAUGUUCCAACAUCUUACGAGAAUACGAACCAACAAAAAGAAUGGAAUGUUACACAAGCUAAAAUUGAGUGGGAGUAUGAACCUGAAAAUAAAGAAUCUGUUCCUAUAAGAAACUCUAAUCAUAAAACUAAUCGUAAAAUGUGUAAGUCCAUUUCUUUACAAACGAAACCGGAAUCUUCUUUUGUAAUAUGUCCAUCGACAAAGUCUGCGGAUUGCAUUCAAACGAUGUUAGCUAAAGAGUGUAUUAAUAGAAGCGAUAUACAAAUUAAUCACAAUGAAAAGUAUAUUGUAGAUAAUAACAAUGAAAACAUAGAUAGAUUACAAACAUGGAACAAGCAUAAUAGCUCUUGCACUUUUAAUCCAGUAUGUAAACUUGGUGGUUCCUUGGAAGAUCUAAAUGAGCACAAUAGCAUUUAUGCAACUAAUAAUUUGAUGGAAAAACUUUCGAAAGAUACAGAUAUAGAUAAACCAAUCCCUAAAUUGAAAUCUACUAUUGCAUCUGAUAAACUUCUAACAGUUUACAAAAAGGUACAAGAGAUGCAUAAGAAUCAGAUGGCUGAAUUAAUGUUUCGUCAACACAGGGAACAAACAUUACUACAAAAGGAAUUUGAAAAACAACAGUUACUUUUAUUGACUGAGAUUAAAAAAUCCUUUCCAAAAAUUUCAGUUUCUUUGCUCUCUGAAAAUAUCUUGUCUCCUGCUUUUAAUGAUGAAAACAAUAUGCAAAAUGUUAGAACAUUAAAAAAUAAUCUAGAACAAAAGAAUGAAGUAGAACAUUCACAAGAUAAUAGGACGAACAUAACUUCCUGUCCAUUGAAUUAUAUUUAUUCUGAAAUGAAUUAUGAUAAUGCUCCUUGUUCUACUAGAUAUUCAUAUACAGCUCAAUCAUCAGAAACAGAACCCUCAGUCAACAUUAAUAAUUCUCUGACAAAAACAAAUGGAAGAAAUACAGAGAUGCAAUCAAAUGAUGUAAAUUACAAAGAAAGAUUAUUAGAGGAGGGUGAAACAAGUAAACGUUCAAACGUUAGUCGAGAAUUAUUUCCUUUAGAUAGCAAAACUACUCAUGUACCGGUCCUUGAGAGGACAAUAUAUGAAACUAAACAUAUUAAAGCAGUAAAUGUAAUAAACGCAUAUGCAAGGGGGUAUUUAGUACGUAGAAUGAUGCGAACCGAACGUGUGAUUGCUUUAAAAAACACAUACAAAGAAGCUUUGCAUUGCAUGCUUAAACUUCAUGUUGAUGCACCUCUUAAUCGUUCAGAAUUUAAUUUUUUACAUCGGCUUCAAUUACAGUGUGACGCAGCUUCUAUGAAUAUAGUGGAGUUAUUUGCCCAAAAUCCCCAGAAAAGAACGCAAGUAAUAGCGCAAGAUCGUGAAAUUAAAAAAUCCCGUAUAGAACGUCCAUCAUCUGCAAGAUCAUACUCGUUUGCAACUCAACGGACUUUAGCCAGGAAAAAACUGAAGGAGAUGGAAGAAUAUCAACCAACUUCGUUUGUUCGUUCAUGUUUGUCUAGAUCUAGAUGUCAAACUUGGACUUCAGAUAUUAAGGAAAGACUUAUCUCUUCAAACAUUUUAUAUGAGAGUAUUAAAAGAAGUACCAGCGCUGGGACUGUACGAAAACCUUGGCGAUAAAUUGAUAUAAUGGUGCCUUCUAUUAUUUAAUUUAAUAUGUGUACAUUGUGUUAAAAUAUGUAAACAAACCCACUUUGUGCCUGAAUUUUUUAAUAAAUUCGUUUCAUACAAAAUUUAUUUUCAUAUUUGCAGGAAUCAUUUAUACAAUAAAUAAAUUUGGUCACGUACACAAUUUGUUUUUGGUUUUCAACAUAAAAUUGAACUUUAUAUCAAUAAACAAAGAAAA